AUGGAUAGUCUUUACAUGAAGGGAGAAUUAUUACAAAUUCACACAAAAGAAUCUGAGGUGAUUGAAGGUAGAUUCUAUAGUAUGACACUGGAUAAGUCUAAAAUUUCUUUGUAUAAUGUUAAGGAACUCCCUGAUGGUGAUAAAAGUGAAGGCAUAUGUCACUAUUAUGACACUGAAGUGAGAAACAUUGUAAAGCUUCAAGAACAGAAUGAGACAACAUUCUUAAAAAUUUCACUAAAGGAGUAUGCAGAUAUACUGAAAACUUCAAUGAAGUAUAAAUAUCUAAACCAGGUCGAUGCUAGCUUUCAUAAGGCUAUUGAUGACUUGUAUCAAUAUACCUACAUAGCUGUGAGUACAGAUGGUGUGGACAUGAGCAGAAAAUGUAAAAUGCCCUUUCUAGUUGUGUCAACACCUCAUCAAAUUUAUGUAUUUGAUAUUCAUAUUAUGCAGUAUCAUGCAUUCGAUGCUGGCUUGAAAAAGCUUCUUGAAGAUGACAAUGUUAAAAAGAUUGUCCAUGAUUGUAGAAAACUAUCUGAUUGUUUAUAUCAUAAGCAUAAUGUAAAGUUGAAGUCCAUUUUUGAUACUCAGGUGGCAGAUCUUAUAAUAUCAAGGAAUAAAGUUGGCCAUGUUCCUAAAUAUGUGAAAUCAUUAGCUCAAUGUCUUAAUGCUUACUUGGGAUUAAAAGCAAACACAGUAAAUGAGAAGCUUGACAUUGUGCAGUGUACUGAAAGACCACUGCCUAUAAACAUUUUGGAAAGCUUGGCGAAGAAUAUAGCUUUCCUUCACCGUUUAUCAGAGAUUAUAAACGAACAAAUGAUGUUACCAUUUGUUAGAGGAGUUGAAUGCUUCAUAGAUAGUAUUCGGUCCUGUGAUGAUUUCAAAGCUUGGGAAUUGUGCAACAAAUAUAACGAAGUACCAAAGGGUUUCAAAAACGCAAUUGAGUAUUAACAUUCCUUUCAAAUAAUAAAAUAUAGAAUUAG